GUUUGGUGGCAGUCGUCGUAAUUGCGCGCCCCUCUUUAUUUCUCUUCUUCUUCUUCUUCUCUCUCUCGAGAUCUCCAUCCGCUUCCCCUCCCUCUCUCUCUCUCUCUCUCUCUCUUGCUUCGCUCGACGCGGUGCUCCUGGAUCUAUUGCAGCAGAGAUCCAGCCGCGAACUAGGAUUUUAUGAGCCAGCCCCGCCCGCGCUUCCUCUUCCUCCUCCUCCAGCGGCGCCGCUGGAGCGCGGCCAUUUCGGACACCUGGAAUGGCGAAACAGGAGCGCUUCUGAUGAGUUGAGAUGUCGGGGUUUCUGAUGCUGCUGAUUUCGCUGCUCCGUUUGGCUUCGAAUCAUACUGUUACUUGUGCAGGAAUGCAUAUGGCAAUAAAUCAAGUAAUAUCUCCAAGAAACUCACUCAAACCAUGGAAUUUAACACCUUUAGGGCCUGCGCCUUCCCCAGUUCUCUCUCCUAAACACCAUGGUUCCCAUGUGAGACAUCAUUGGUCAAAACACCAUAGAAGUUUGCCUCCUGCACCCUCACCAGCCUCAGUGACACCAGAACAAUCUCAGGGCUGUGGUGAAAUAUCUUGCUCAGAACCCCUCACUUCGACCCCAAUCGGCUCACCCUGUGGAUGUGUCUACCCUAUGCAAGUUGGAAUUGAUCUGGGUGUAGCACCAUUUGAGCUAUUCUCUAGAAUUGCAGAGCUUGAAGUUGAAGUUGCAGCUGGCACAUAUUUAAAGCAAAGUCAAGUAAGAAUAAUGGGUGCCACUGCUAGCAUUAAGGACCCAGAAAAAACAACAGUCAGCAUUGAUCUAGUGCCUCUAGGUGAGAAGUUUGAUAAGACGUCUGCAUUGCUGACUUACCAAAGAUUUUGGCAAAAGAAAGUGCCAGUAAACAUGUCUCUUUUUGGUGAGUAUGAUGUGCUAUAUGUUCGUUAUCCAGGACUUCCUUCUCCACCACCCUCAUUUAGUAAGUCGUUGGGUCCAAGCGGUAUUGGAGGUCAUCAAGAUCCAAUCACAGCAAAUAUAUCAACGCACAAGAAGCAGAAAUUUAAAGGAAGAAUAGUCAUCAUAAUUUUGUUAUCUUCAUUCAUACUUAUGCUGAUAUGCUCUGGUGUUGUGUGCAUGAUUUUGAGAUUAAAGAAGCUUGGCAGAUCUUCUAGUUCGGUCGAGCCUACAUGUACUUCCUCAGUAAUCCGGAAAACAGGCAAUAGAUCCAUAUUGUCAAGUAGUCUAGCCAGCUCCAUGUCGAUGUCCUUUGUUUCCACCAUGCCUACUUGCCCACCUUCAGUGAGAGCGUUUACAGUAUCUGAGCUCGAGAAGGCUACAGACAAGUUCAGUUCUAGGAAGGUUUUGGGAAAAGGUGGAUUUGGGCGGGUUUACCAUGGCGUCAUGGAUGAUGAUACUGAGGUUGCAGUUAAGUUGCUUACCAAGGAGGACCAAAGUGGCGAUCGGGAAUUUAUUGCUGAAGUAGAAACACUUAGCCGACUGCACCAUCGUAAUCUUGUCAAGUUGAUUGGUAUAUGCAUUGAAGACAGAAUCCGGUGUUUGGUAUAUGAAUUUGUUCGAAAUGGAAGUGUUGAGUCCCAUCUUCACCGUCCUGAUAAAAUGAAGCAGCCUCUUGACUGGGACUCCCGGAUGAAAAUUGCCCUUGGUGCGGCACGAGGACUGGCUUAUCUGCAUGAGGAUUCCACCCCUUGUAUCAUACACCGCGAUUUCAAGGCCAGUAAUAUCCUACUCGAGGAUGAUUUUACCCCCAGGGUUUCAGAUUUUGGGUUGGCUAGAGAAGCAUCAGAAGGAGUCCAUCACAUUUCUACCCAGGUCAUGGGUACUUUCGGGUAUGUUGCGCCGGAAUACGCUAUGACUGGACACCUACUUGUUAAAAGUGAUGUUUACAGCUAUGGGGUCGUCUUGUUGGAGCUUUUAUCGGGUAGGAAGCCAGUAUACAUAUCUCAGUCCCAAGGUCCAGAGAAUCUUGUCACAUGGGCGCGCCCUUUGCUUACUACCACAGAAGGGUUGGAGCAAUUGGUCGAUCCUUUGUUAGGCGGAAAAUACAACUUCGACAAUAUGGCAAAAGUAGCAGCGAUCGCAUCAAUGUGCGUCCACACAGAGGCGUCGCAAAGGCCAUUCAUGGGUGAAGUGGUACAAGCAUUGAAGCUCAUAUGCAACGAUAUGGAUGAAGCCUGCGAUAAUUCUGUCAGCCACAGAGAAGAGUCACUGGGCACAGACUGUGAUUUCAAGGGUGACUUUGACAGCGAAAGCAGUUGGUGGAACGGCACUACUAUGCCGUGCUUGACAUACGGCGGAGCUACUUCUUUCGUGACCAUGGAGUAUAGCUCAGGACCCGUGGAAGAAAUCCAGAGACCCCAUUCAGCAUUGAAUAUGAUCAGUGGGUUAGAAGUCUUGGUCAGGCCGAACAGAUCUGGACCUUUGAGAACGAAGAGGAUGAAGCAACCAUUUCACAGAUUAAGAGGGAGCAUGAGUGACCAUUGUCAUCCUUACUGCGCCCCUAGGCCCUGAUUACAGCUCUUGAGUUCGAGCUGUGUUGAAGGAAAUGCUCAUUCCUCCGUCAUUUUUCCUUAAUGUACAGUUUGGAAAGGCGUCAUAUGUUCAUGACAUAUCGAUUUGUUUGUCAUUGUCGCUCCAAAAGCUUAUCUAACGUUAUACCCGAUCUACUGAGAUUCGCUUUAUUAAUGACCUUGUUAUAUUUUACAAAUUUAACUUAUGAGAAAUUUACAUC